AUGGGGCACAAAGUUUCAACUCGUGGAGAUGUGUAUAGCUAUGGGAUCCUUUUACUUGAAAUGUUUACUGGAAAGAGACCCACUGAUGAUAUGUUUGUAGGAGGUCUUACUCUUCCUACGUUUGUGAAGAGGGCAUUUCCUGGACGAAUCGCAAACAUCAUUGAUGCUCAUUUGCUCUCACUAUGUGAUGAUGCUGAAAGUAUGAAUUAUGCAAGAGCAAUCGAGUGCGUCACUUCAAUGCUUAGAAUUGGUAUCUCAUGUUCGAAUGAAUUACCAGCAGAGAGAACGGAGAUGGACAAAAUCAACAGGGAACUGCAUAUUGUUAGAGAUAUGUUCGUGAGGAAGGGAAAUCAAGAGGAGAGACAGAGAGCCCUGCCGCUUAGUGAAGGUCCAACAACAAAUAUUCAGUAA